AUGGUUGGCCUGGCCUCAGGCACUGGCAGCAAGGUGGAAUAUGGCUCAGUCCGCAAGGGGCAGCCCGCCACCUCGGCGAACAAAUCACUUAAAUCGAGCCACGGCGGCAUACACACGAGGAGAGACCUCUCUGCAAGCCAGGACAAAGGGAUUAUGUUUAAUGAGCCGCUCAACAAUCCGAAUUGGCGUAGAAGACGCGGCCCUGAUGGCCAGGACCAUUCUUCUGCGGCUCCUCCGAAGCAUACGGAACCCUCGGACCGAGCUAUCCCCCUGGCCACAUUGCCAUGGCAUCAAAAGCUUUCAUCUUUUCAGCCGGAUCCGAUGAAGAAGUCUCCAAGCAUUGAGGACGUCUUGCAAAAGUCGGGAGUCGAGUUCGAGCCUUGCAUAGAUGCGCACGGCCACAGUGGUGACGUCCAUCCGGGAUGGAGCGCACAUGGCGACUUUCCAGGGAGUUGCGUCUCUGACAAGCAUUUCUUCGACGUAGUGAGACGUGCCAAAUUGCACAGUCGAGACCAAGGACGUGCCCUUGAUCUAUUUGGAGUGGUGCGCAGUCAGAACUCUUCCUAUAGUGACAAGAGAUGCGCAUUUACAAGGCUGUCUUCUGGUGACGAGAGCGUCGAUGAUAGAUUCCUUCAAAUGAUAUCACGAAAACACACUCUAACGCCAGACGAGAGCCACGGAUAUCAAUUGAUGGCUGCCCUGAAAGCAACUGAGCCAACACCUCGGAAAGUCGGCCGCACACCUUCGAGCAGCCAGGAUGCGUCACAGCAUCUGUCUUGUCUCUUGGACCAGUCUCCCGUCCCAAGCAAUAAAAAAAAUGUGCGGAGCUUUGAAACGUGCCGAGUCGAUUCUAAAGACUCUGGCUUUUCAUUCUCUUGGGGAAGCCAGCAGGAAUUUGCCAAUGACGACGACGAUAUUGACGAAGGGGCCUCGGAUAUUUCAGGGCGUCGGCGAUAUGUCUUGGAACAAAAGGACAUAGCGUUCCAAAAGCUGAUAAAAAGGCUCAACGGCGCAAAUUCGCAAGAGAAGAAACAAUUUGAUGGGAGCCGUGACAGUGGGUACGAGGCUGAUUCCAUGCGCACACAGGAUGCUCAGUCUCAGCGUGCGGAGACGGCCUCUGCGUCGGCCACACGACGACCAACCCAUGGCACGGGAAGGAGAGUCAACACUGCCUCGGACUUUGCGGUUAGAUACUGGCCUGCGUCUGAGUCGAGGCGGGAAGACCACUCUACCGACUCGACGGCUGGUGAUGCCCCGGACAAGUACAAUUCGCUGAACCCCAAGGCCAGAGAGUUCCUUUCCUUUUCUCAAAAGACUGAAGGUGCCAUGUGGAAAAGUCGGCGGCCCGGAUUGCUGCCAUUUGAUGUCUCAAUCGACGGGCAAGCAGACAAGAAUCGUUGCGGCGAGGUGUUGUCGUCAGAACUUGAGCACAAGGCUCGCACAAACAGUCACUUCGUUCCCCCAGCCGAGGCAGCGGCGGUUCCGUUUGUGAAUGCUACGAGCAUGCCUCUUCUUUUCCAGCCGUUUGCCCACUCGAAUGCGUCUUUGUUGGGUCUAAUUCCGCUGAUGCCGGAUGCAUACAAACCAAUGAUGGGGCAACCAGGAGGAUGGCCUGCUAGUCACGCCGUCACGACCAUGGCGAAUACUUGUAGACCGUCUCAGGCGAGGGCUCUCGUGCCCGAAGUGACACAAAAUGCGCCGCUUCACAGCAUCCCGUCACCGGCUUCACCACUUCAUGUCGCUGUGCCGACUGCGAGCAGCAGCAUUCCUCGAGCAGCGCGAACGAACGGCUCCCUGCCUCGCCGAGUUCCAAAGCCAAAGCAGCCAAAUCCCAAGGAUCAGCAGGAAUACGAAGCUUGGGUAGAAUGGAGGAAAGCGACUGAGCCGGGCUACGCAAUGGCUUGUAAGCUUCGACAACAGCGACGGGCCCAGCGUAAUGGCCCGAGAACAAAGUCAGAACAGCAAGCAGCCUGUUGA